AUGGAUCCACAGCAGCAGAGACCAGGAGCUCCACAGCAUCGUCCUCAACCUCCGGCUCCAGGCGGAGGCGGCGAUUCUUCGGCCGUUCUCUUCGUACUCUUCGGUUUCCUAGCCAUCUUCGCCUUGACGAUGCUUCCAUCAACAUCAUUAUCCAUUCUUCACCAAGUUCCAGAAGGUCAUGUCGGGGUAUAUUGGAGAGGAGGUGCACUUCUGAAGACUAUUACUGAUCCAGGUUUUCAUCUCAAGCUGCCCCUGGUAACCCAGUUUGAACCUGUUCAAGUCACCCUUCAGACUGAUCAGGUGAGGGAUAUUCCAUGUGGUACAAAAGGAGGUGUCAUGAUCAAUUUUGAGAAGAUAGAGGUUGUAAACCGGCUUCGUAAAGAAUUUGUGUACGAGACACUUCUCAAUUAUGGUGUGCAAUAUGACAACACGUGGAUAUAUGACAAAAUUCAUCAUGAGAUCAAUCAGUUCUGCAGCUCUCAUUCUCUUCAAGAAGUAUACAUUGAUGUGUUCGAUCAGAUUGAUGAAAAGAUGAAAGAAGCUCUUCAGGGUGACUGUACACGUUAUGCUCCAGGUAUUGAAAUUAUCAACGUACGUGUUACAAAGCCUGCCAUCCCAGAGAGUAUAAGACGCAACUUUGAACAAAUGGAAGAGGAACGGACUAAGGUCUUAAUUGCUAUAGAGAGACAGAGAGUGGUGGAGAAAGAGGCAGAAACCAAGAAGAAGAUGGCUAUCAGUGAGGCUGAGAAGAAUGCCAAUGUGAGCAAGAUUCUCAUGGAACAAAAGUUGACGGAGAAGGACAGUUCCAGGAGGCAGGCGGAAAUCGAAAAUCAGAUGUAUACAGCGAGGGAAAAGAGCCUUGCAGAUGCUGAUUUCUAUAAAGUAAUGAGAGAAGCUGAAGCAAACAAGUUGAAGCUUACUCCACAAUUUCUUGAGCUUAAAUUCAUCGAGGCCAUAGCUGACAAUACCAAAAUUUUCUUUGGAGACAAGGUACCUAAUAUGGUUUUGGAUCAGAGGUUGCUGGGGAACUUCUUGCAGGUUUCCAAAGAAGUUUCCAAGGAAGUUAACUUGGAAUCUGGCUCUGGGGAGGAUAAUCCUGAAGUUCAAUUUGUCUGA